UAUCAAUGUCAAAUUAUUACUCUUCUCUCUUCCGUUCUCCAUUGUUUCAUACCAAUUUGUAUAAUAUUUUUCGUCGUGUAUUUUGACUUUGACAGAUUGUUAUUUAAUUAAAAAAAAUUGAUUACCAAACAAAAUAUAGUGCUAAUAAAUAAUAAUGGCAGACGUUCAACCAGAGUUUCAAGAACAAUAUUGUGCGGUUUGUUUACAAAAGUACGAUCACCCGACUAAACUUCCCUGUGGGCAUAUUUUUUGCUUUCUUUGUACCAAGGGUAUAGCUCUGCAAAACAAGACUUGUGCCAUGUGCCGUAAUGCCAUUCCAAAUGAUUACUUAAAUAAUCCAGUUUUACUGUCACAAGACAAAAAUACAGAAGAAAAUCGCAAUGAGGACUAUCAAUGGUACUAUGAAGGAGGAAAUGGUUGGUGGAAAUAUGAUAAACGUAGCAAUAGUUAUUUAGAAGAAUUGUACAGCAAAGGAGAAAAAGAAGGGUCUCUACUAUUAGCUGGAAACUUGUAUCGGAUAGAUUUUGAGAAAAAUAUUCAGGUGCGUGUUAGUGACCAAACAAAAACUCGCAAAAUACGACGCGACACACCAUUCUUGCCUGCUAAAGGCAUUGCCGGUAUUGUUAUCAGUAGCAGUAUAGACAAUGUGUCCUCUCCUACUGAUAUUCAAGUUAUAGAAGAUUCAGAAAGGGAUGAAGAGGUUGAUACAAGCGUUGAAAUUAUUAAUGACAACUCUACAGACGAAGAUUCCUUUUCCGAGAUGGUCCGUAAUUUAAGGCCCUACUCAUAAAAAAUGAAAACGAGACAACAUGACUAAUGUAUGGAACCACUACAGUAACAAAAAGAACUCGAAAAACACCAAGAAAUUGAAAGUUACUUUAAAUUUUGAGUGACAUGUUGGUUUGGCAUGUAAGGCAAAAAAGAGAAUAUAUUGUACUAAACUAUGCAUAGCUAACUGUUGUCAAAUACCCAGAACAAAUGAUUUGGUCAAUGUGGUAUAGUAGUUUUUUAAUUUUAACAUGUAUCCACAAAAGUAGGUUACGAAAUAUAUAGUAAUUUUUUUAUAGCGGCUAUCUAAUCAGUGGAUUAGAAAUGUAGCAAUAACAUUAUAUAUAUUUACAAAGUUGUCUCAACAACUAUUUUUGUCAUUAUGACUUUUAUAUAAUUAUAUUUUUAUAUAGUAUAACGUCGGUGACUCAGGGGUCAAGCAUUUGACUUGCAAUCUGCAGGUCCUGGGUUCGAAUCCCAUGUACCAAUGUGUUUUUCGAUUUACAUAUGUACAUUUAUCCGACGUUCUUACGGUGAAGGAAAACAUCGUGAUGCAACCAGCACAUAUCUGAGGAGAAAUUCAAAGAUAUGUGUGAAGUGAACCAACCCGCACUUGGGUAGCGUGGUUAACUAUGGCAUAAUCACCUAGCUAGCCUAGCCUAACCUAGCCUAAUCACUUACAGUAGGCUUCGAGGCCCUCGAUGGGGACAUGAUGAUAGCAUAAAAAUUAUAUAAUUCAGCAUGCAGUUAACCAAGACAAAGCAUUGUUCCAGCUAAUGUUAAUCAUGACAAUUUAUAGGAAUUUGUUAGGCAUAUAGAAGUUUAAAAUCAUAGAUAUUGUAUUAUAAUGCGGCUAAAAAUACUCUAUUGUUGUUUACUGUUAUAUAUAAAAAUUAUAAAUGAUAUAUAUUUGUCUUUCUGUUGCUUACUUAUUUGAGUUAUUUAUCUAUUUUAUGUUAAAAGAC